AUGGUUCUUGCUCCUCCUAUUAAUAUCAAUAAAUGGAUUGAAGAAAAUGGUGAUCUUUUAAAACCACCAGUAAACAAUUUUUGUCUUCAUAGAGGAGGAUUUACAAUUAUGAUUGUGGGUGGGCCAAAUCAAAGAAGUGAUUAUCACAUUAAUCAAACCCCGGAAUAUUUCCACCAAUUAAAAGGAACCAUGUGUUUAAAAGUAGUUGAUGAUGGAGACUUUAAAGAUAUUUUCAUUCAUGAAGGUGAUUCAUUCCUUUUACCUGGAAAUGUCCCACAUAAUCCAUGUAGAUAUGAAGAUACUAUUGGAAUUGUUGUUGAACAAGAUAGACCUGAAGGAGUUAAUGAUAAAGUUAGAUGGUAUUGUAGUAAAUGUGAAAAACCAAUUCAUGAAGUGGAAUUCUACUUGACAGAUUUGGGUACUCAAAUUAAGGAAGCAAUUGUUGCCUUUGACGCGGACAUGAAUGCAAGAACUUGUAAAAACUGUGGAACUGUAAAUUCAUCCAGAAGAGAUUAG